AAGGAAGAUGUGCAAUACUGCUAUGAGAAAAUGAAUGGAUCCUGCUAUAAAACACCAUGGUCUUCUGGGAUUCAAGGAACUUUGUAUGUUGUGCUUGGUUUUCUCACAAUUCUUACAGUAGCAGGAAACCUGAUGGUUAUUAUUUCAAUUGCCUAUUUCAAACAGCUUCACUCUCCUACAAAUUUUUUAAUUGCCUCCUUGGCUUGUGCUGACUUUUGCUUGGGUUUGACAGUGCUGCCUUUCAGCACUAUAAGAUCUGUUGAGACCUGCUGGUAUUUUGGGGAAACUUUCUGUAGAUUCUACAGUUGUUUAGAUGUGUCUUUUUGCCUAGCAUCGAUAUUUCAUUUUGUCAUCUCCAUUGAUCGGUAUGUUGCUGUUACUGAUCCUUUAGUUUACCCCUUGAAGUUCACCAUGCCAGUUUCAAGAAUGUUUGCAGCUGCUGCUUGGACAUUUUCAUUAAUCUACAGUUUUUCUGUAGUUUUUACUGGAGCUAAUGAUGAAGGGCUACAAGAAUUAGUGAAAGCACUCUCCUGUGUAGGAAGCUGUCAGCUUGUUUUCAAUAAGACUUGGGUAUUAAUUUCAUCCCUCCUUUAUUUCAUACCUUUCUUUACAAUGAUAAUACUUAACAGCAAGAUUUUCAGUGUAGCCAAAAAGCAAGCUAAAAGGAUAGAGAGUGUGAGCAACAAAACACAGUCCUCUGAUAAUUACAAUAACCGAGUAGGGAAAAGAGAGAGAAAAGUUGCUAAAACACUGGGCAUGCUGAUUGUUUUUCUCAUAUUCUGGUCACCAUAUUUUAUAACAGUCAUAAUUGAUGCCUUAUUUGAUUUUCUAAUUCCACCUCUUUCCUUUGAUAUUAUGGUUUGGGUUGCUUAUUCUAACUCUGCCAUUAACCCCUUGAUUUAUUCUUUCUUUUAUCCCUGGUUUCGAAAAGCAAUGAAAGUGAUUGUGAGUUGCAAAAUGUUUGUGACUGACUGCUCAACAAUGAAUUUGUUUUCUGACUGA